AUGGUCUUUUCCAAGGAAGUUAGUCGACUUACAUCCCAACAAGGGGCGGGUGUAGACGAGUUCUUCGAAUUGGGGAAGCACCGUCAAAAACAGACGCAACGGCAAAACUGUGAAAAAAUGAAGGGCAGUGAACAAGGAAAAGAGAGAAAUCCCCAAACAGAGGAGGAAGUGAACAGGAAAUAUAUGUUUGCCGGAAAAGUGGAAGUAGUUGAAGGGAAGAUGCCAGAGUGUAAAGAAAAAAUUGUCUGGGGCCAACCCAUCCCACUUACAACUCAACUAGACAAAUAUACACAUACAUAUUGCUUCAAAGCUCUGUCAACAGAGCUCAAUCACCACCCAGCGCCGUGGGUGAGGACUGAAUUCAAACUUGUCAUCGAAUUCAAACUUGCCAUCAAAUUCAAACUUGCCAUCGAAUCCGAACCUGCCAUCGAAUCCGAACCUGCCAUCGAAUCCGAACCUGCCAUUGAAUCCGAACCUGCCAUCGAAUCCGAACCUGCCUCCUAUUCGAAGUAG